ACACGAACACCCACCAAUACCGGUACGAUCGAACCACGUAACAACAAAACUAAAAAACAAGCAAAACAACAUAACGAAACUAAUAAACUAAAAUAAAAAGUGACUAAAACAUAACCGUCAAUUAAAAAAUUUCAAAUAUCGAAAUGAACGUCCAUUUUAAGUUUAACGUAUUCGAACACCGGUUUCGUUUUUUAAAAGAACGAAUUACAUGUUUUAAUUAAACCGUGCUGCCAGUUUGCUUGCUCCAUUAGUUUUAAUAAGUGUUUAAAAAUGAUCCGUGUGCUUAUAUUGUUAUUGCAAAUGACUCUAAUUUUAUCGGCGAGAGAACCAAAGCAAAUAAACUUAGUGAAUCAAGGGACGAUUUCGGGGAUGUACAUCACGAGGUUUCGGACAAAAAGAAUAGCAGCAUACGUUGGAAUACCGUAUGCUCAACCUCCAAUUGAGUUCAGAAGGUUUUUGCCCCCGGAAUAUACUGAUUUACCUCAAUGGGAAGGUGUGAGAAACGCGACCAUAUACGCCCCGGAUUGCAUGCAGAGUGACCCGAAAAAGGAGGAUGUGCAAAACCCUUUGAAGAAACAUGAUGAUCUGUUCAUGAAGCUCUUGGAUUCUCAAAUGGAAGAAAAACGAAAGAAGGAAUAUUCCGAGGAUUGUCUCUUCUUGAACGUGUAUGUACCGGACGACUUCAAAGUCGAGGGCUACCCAGUCUUCGUUUGGUUCCACGGCGGUGAUUUCGUGCGAGGCAGCCCUAACAGUGUGAACCCCUUCCAAUUGGUGAUAAAACAAAGGGUAAUUUUCGUAUCAGUGGCCUACCGGCUAAACAUCUUUGGAUUCUUCUCAACCCUCGACAAUGAAGCUUCAGGCAACUUUGGUCUACACGACCAAGUAGCAUCUUUACAUUGGGUCAAGAACAAUAUUGAAAGUUUUGGAGGUGAUCCCGAAAACGUUUGCAUCAUUGGUCAUGAUGCUGGAGCAGUCAGCGUCACCCUUCAUUUAAUAUCCUCGUACUCAGCAGGACUCUUCCAUAAAGCUAUAGCAAUGAGUGGAAAUGCUUUAUCACCAGAAUCUGUAAACAUAGCAAGGAAAGAAAUAGUUACUGUCGAUAAGGUUGCAGUUGCAUUCAGUUGCUUUAGAAAACCAACUUACCAAUUACUAGAUUGUCUUAGAAGAGUUCCAGAUAAAGCACUGUUAGAUAUAGCUGGGCCAGUAGCUGAAUGGAAACCCAUAGUGGAUGGAGGUUUUAGUAAUAUAACCAGUCCGUUUUUGCCAGAGCUACCAUCAAAACUGUUCAAAGAUGAGAUUUUCUCCCCAGUCCCUCUUUUAGCAGGCUACACGAACAUGGAAGAUGGACUUUUGCUAGAAAAAGAUGAAAGCGGAGAUUCAGGUAUUAGUCAAAGAGAGUUUGAUUCAAUGAGAGAAGAAAUUAUCCUCGCAGAUAUCACUGUAGACAACAGCUCGUGUUUCACUAAUCAGCAUCACAUACAAGACGCUGUAGCAUUUUUCUACAAACCGAUACCUCAUACGACAAAUGAAACAGUAUUGAGAAAGCUUUUCGUGGAUUUUUAUACCGACAAAACCCAUGGAGCUACUACUUAUCAGUUAGCGAGGCACAUUUGUCCACAUGCUCCAGUAUAUCUCUACAGAUUUGACUUAAAACCUUUUUCUGAUAUUGCAAAUGAAGGUCUUCCAGAAUGGAUUGGUGUUCCACAUAAUUUCGACCUUAUUUACACCUUUGGCAUGCCCUAUCUAGCCUUACCAGAAGACCUAAGCAAAUGGGACUACAGAGACAAAAGCAUUUCAGAAAUCAUAAUGAGGAUGUGGUCCAAUUUCGCCUGGUACUCAAAUCCUACGAAUUCAGGAGUAAUUAUAGAUUGGCAGACUUAUGAACUGGAGAGGCCUGGGUACUUGAUCAUUGAUAGAGCCAAUUUCACGAUGAGCACUCCAGCAACAAUUAAUUACAAAGCUUUUGAAUUCUGGACGGAUUUUUAUCCGAAAGUUGUUGAAAUUGGGACGAAGUGUUGUAAAGAAAUCACAGACGAUUCUGGCACGAUAUCAGUAUUUCCAUCCAAAAUAGUUCAUAGUAUAUUAGUAUUGUAUUGUAGUUUAAUUUUACUGUCAUAACGAAGGAAGGGAUGUGAGAACACGGUUAUUUUUGUAUAGUCUAUUGAAAGAUGUAUUUUAAGUACCAGUAUUUCUUUAAUACCAAAUGAAAUAUUUACCUUCCAGAGAAUUAU